ACGUUCCUGCGAUGGGACAUUCUGCUUCGAAUGUGGUGAUACUGACCUGAGAGUACAUGGCACAAAAGCUGAGGAGGGCCCCAGAUGUUGCUCAGAAGGCAGGUGGUCAAGAACUCAAACACAGCAAAGGCCAUCGCUUUGGGAGGACAGAGAGGAGAGAGGAAAUCAUGGUUAUGCUGAAGAUUUCAUCUUUCCUUGCUGUUUAUGCCUUGGUUGUGUGCCAGAUGGAUAGCUUCCAGGCAGCCCCAGUCAGACCUGGCUUGGAGUCCAUAACAGAUCGAGUGACGCUCAGUGAUUACGAAGCUCGGAGGUUAUUAAAUGCGCUGGUGAAAGAGUUCAUACAGAUGACAGCAGAAGAGCUGGAGCAAGCUUCUGAGGGGAACAGCCUGGAUAGACCUAUUUCCAAACGCUGUGCCAGUCUGAGUACUUGUGUGCUGGGCAAACUGUCUCAAGAAUUGCACAAAUUGCAAACUUACCCUCGCACUGACGUCGGGGCUGGAACUCCUGGCAAGAAACGAAAUGUGCUGAGUGACCUGGAACACGAACGCUAUGCAAACUAUGGGGAACCCCUAGGAAACAACUAGACAUGCUUAUUUCUCCCCUUCUCCCUUUUUUAACCUGAUGCAUGUGGAUCUAACUUUGAUUGCUAACUUUGCUAUGUUCUUUUGAUUCUGUUUUCGACAGAGAAUGUUUGAGAUGGACCUAAUGUUAGGAAGACAGAGAACAUAACGUACAUACCAAGCUAGGGAAAAAAAAAAAUAAAAAUGAACAGCACUGCCUUGACAUUUCAAGCGAUUUCCUUAGACCCUGAUUAAAAAAAAUUCUAAACAAGGCUCUUUAUUUCUGGCUGCUAAAUGUACAAGUAGACUCUUCUUUUGUGCUUGCCCAUGCACUUGUUCAAUAAACCUAUUUUUCUAUAAGGA